AUGAGUGGAAUAGCUUUGCAGGGAUUCAGGUGCCAUGCUUGUCGAAAUGCUGCAUUCCGCUCCUUUGCUGCCAUAAGUAGUCUGUCGAGCUCUACACGACGACCCCAAUCCUCUAUAUCCUACCCUGGCUCAAAGCUCUAUCAGAGAAACGUCCGAACAACCGGAAGACGACAAUUUUCUGCCCUCGGCUCCGUGCAAUCCCAGGCGGAUAGCGAUCUACCUACAAAAACUGAAACAAAGGAGGACACGAGCGCAGAAUCGUCACAUAUCCCGUGGUAUCUACAGGACGAAUCCCAUAAGCCGAGUUCGCAUCCUCUUAAGCAGCAGGAGUUGCCCCCUCUCCCCGAAAACCCGCCUCCUAUAUUAGAGAACCUUCUACAAUAUAUCUCGGUAGAUGCCGGGCUCGACGACCUUGCCCUCCUUGACCUUCGAGGUCUUGAUCCUCCUCCAGCUCUGGGCGCAAAUCUCAUUAUGAUAAUCGGGACAGCCCGAAGCGUUAAGCAUCUUAACGUUUCUGGCGAUCGACUAUGCAGGUGGCUACGGAGCAAUUACCAGUUGAGGCCAGUUGCUGAUGGGCUCCUGGGAAGAAAUGAUCUUAAAAUAAAACUACGACGGAGGGCGAGAAAGGCCAAAGUGACGGGCGAUGCUAGCUCCUUGAACUCCCGAGACGAUGGUAUAACUACCGGGUGGAUAUGUGUUAAUGUUGGGGACGUGGAAAAUGGCCCAUUGAAGACCAAAAAUUCACGGAAUCGGAAUUUUAUCGGAUUCGGCGGCACGGAAGACAAAGUUCGGAUCGUUGUGCAAAUGCUUGUUGAAGAGACGAGAUCCGAACUUCAGCUCGAAGCUCUAUGGGGGAGCCUUCUUAACCCGGAGGCUGGAGAAAUGAAUCCUGCACCUCGUGAUGAUGUCUGGGGCGAUUUAUCUUCAGAGACCACUAGCUCCGGAAAGGGUGUCGACAGUAUUGCAUCUACGUUCAGCCAGCGGUUCCCAGGAAGGAGGCAUAUACAUACCCAAGCCCGACCCAACACCCCUGAGCCACUAUCUCAUGAAACUCUCGGCGAUAUUGUUCAGGAGUCCAGGCCUGCCCUGCCAUCAAAAAUAGUAAGCACAUCUAUGGCAUCCCCAAAUGUCUCUUCUCUGUUGGAACAGUUAUCCCGGUUGCCAGAGGAAGAAGCUCGUCGAGAACUUGGGCUUGGACCCGGCGACAGAGAUUCAACCCUUUUCUUAAGGCUGUUUUACGAGGCAGUGUCGAAAUCUGACACAGAAACAGUACUCAUAGAUAAACUGUCGUUCGCCCGAGCUGCCGUGCUGCUAAAGCACCCCGCGUAUAGGAAAGCAGACCUGUACCGGGCAUUUAAAAGUAUGGCUGCUUCUGGGUGUAGCAUCUCGGAGGAGCUUGCGAUGGACACAGUUCGUACGCUAUUAUCGUUCCAAGGCCCCGAAAAUGCGGCCAAUGAACGCGUCCCUGAACAAGACAUCGACCUAGCAUUAAGAGUUUUGGAACAUAUGAGCCUUCGUGGAAUCAAUAUCUUCAACGGUGAAGUAUUUUUUCUGCUUCAUAAAGCAUCGGCAUUUCAAUCUCACGUUCCAGCCAACGACGCCCCUGGUGCAAUGAACACCUCUGUCAACCCAGAUUCUGUUUCAAAAGUACAGGUGGAAGAACUAGACCGUAUCACGACUGUUCACAACCGAUUGAGCAAAUUAAUGGCUUCUGCCAAUGUCGACUUCGACUACAAGGACUAUCCAGAAUUAUUGAAGAUGUACUUUGAGCAUGGAAAUUACAGCAAUUUCUGGCGCCUAUGGCAUCGAAUACCCCUCAUGCAAAUACCACGGACAAAGGAGCUCUACCUACUCAUGUUCCGCCUGCAUGCUAAACUGGGGCAUCAACGUCAAGCUGUCGAUUGCCUCUCGUCUUGGGUACCUAUGAUGGCCCGAGAACAACCGCCCGUUGCUCUCGACGAGGAACUAACGAGAGCCAUCAUGGCCUGUAUGUUAGUGGCAGAUCCCGCUAUAGACCAAAAGACAGACGAUGGCACUGUGAGCCAGUUCACUCGGCUGUGGAAACAAUGCUUGCGUGACCUUGAGUCUUUCAAAGCUGCGAAUUCUCAAUAA